AUGUCGAGUGAUGCCGUUGGCCUGAAUCGGUACCACAAACAUCCACAGUGCAAGACUACUCCCGAGCAGCCCGUUCCACUCCCCUCUGCGCCGCUCCAGAUUAUCUCCGAGUCACCGUCCAUAGUCCUUCAACCUCCACUCACUCGACGAGGAACUGGACCAGGGCUCAUCGUUACUCUACCUCCUUCUCUUUCUCUUCAGCCGAAUCCGAAGGGAAAGCCGCUUGACCCAGAGCCCGUGCAGAAAUGGGCCGAGGAAGGGUUCGCCGUCGUGGGUAUCACUGCGACAGAAACCGAACUGGAAGCUGCCGUGGUGAAAGCGUUGGAUUCUUUGGAAGGAUUGGAGGAGGUAGGCAUCAAGGAUAAAGUUGCUGUUCUUGGUACGUCAAUCGAACGCCACUUCUCUGCGAUCUCGUCAAUCGUAUCCGAGAACCCCAAACUCGUCUGCAUCGCAGCCUACAUCUCUUUGGGGUCCAAUCUAUCAACUGUAUCAACCUCGUUCCCCACGCUCUUUCACAUCUCCUCCCCUGACGCUGAGGCGCCUCCAUCCGAUGCCAUAUCCGCCAAGGCCGACACGACCAGUCAAACUGCUACAUAUCCAUCGACAUCCUCCCCUUUCUUCGUCCUCCCGAACUCUUCAUCCUACGACCCCGGAAAUGCAUCGCUCGCGCACACUACCGCCCUUGUAUUCUUCCGCAAACAUCUGGGUGGCCCGAACUUCGAUAUCGCCGCGAUUUGGGAGGAACAUAUACCUACUUCAAGUUUGCCGCGAGGACUGUGGCGAGAACUAUGGGGACAAUGGUGGUACGCUGAGCCGUAUGUCAAUCAUGUACCAACUAUGACCGGUGGUAUCGGCCGAAAGGCUCUUUCUGCGUUCUACCGCGACCACUUCAUUUUUGCUAACCCAGCCGACACAAGCAUGCAAACCGUAUCGCGAACGGUCGGGCCUGAUCGUGUCGUUGAUGAAUUCAUACUCAGAAUGACCCAUGACCGUACGGUUGACUGGCUGCUGCCCAAGGUCCCACCAACGGGCAAGAAGAUUGCAGUACCCAUGCUCGGCGUCAUCAAUGUUCGAGGUGACCGCCUCUACCAUGGCCCUACACCACAAGGCAAGAGACUGAAGUUGCCGAUCUCUGAGGGCAAUAGUAGCGCGAGGUUGUUGAUCGACGAGACGGACGGUGUAAGUAAUGAGAUGUUUGGGGAGGACUGGGGAGUUACGGAUGCGUAA